AUGGCUGACAGAGAAGAAGUGACCUACAUCGUUCUGGAUUCUGAAAGAAUUAUUGUUGAAGUGGAGAAAGGACCAGCACUCUAUAAUAAAGAGUUGAAAGACUACAGCGACAGAAAUGCUAAAGAGAAAUUAUGGAUAGAAGUAUGUGCAAAUGUAAUAUCAAGAUGGCAUGAACUAUCAGAAAGAGACGUUCAAAAAAAGUGGAAAAAUCUGAGAGACUGUUUCGCAAGAGAGCUUGCUAUUCAGAAAAAAAUCAAAUCUGGCGAGCCUGCCAGAAAACGACGGAAGUACAUCUACUUCGAUGCAUUGUUGUUUUUACUUCCCCAUCAACAACCCAGGGCGACAAGUAGUAAUGUAGAACCUCCAAACGAUGAUAUACAGCUUCCAGACGAUGAUAUACAGCCUCCAAACGAUAUAAACGACAAUGAAGGUCCCAGAAACGAAACUGGAGAGUCUUCAAACGAUAAUUCGGACCCUCCGCGUUCUGUACCCUCUGCAGAGCCUUCACAGAGGGCACCACGCAGUUGUCCCAGUAAAUCUCAAACGUCAACAUUUGAAGCUUCGUUAAUAGAGAUUUUGAAGAACAAACAAAACGAGGAAGUUUCAGAGGAUAAAAGUUUUGCUCUUAUGUUAGCUCCUAUGUUGGCCAAACUCAACGACGAGCAGAAACAUUUUGCCAAAAUUGAAAUACUUAGCGUGUUGAGGAAUGCAAAAUUCUAUACAACCCCAUUUCCCCAACAGGCCCAACAACAGGCUAACUAUACACAGCCUGGACGAUCAGCACAAACUAACUUUCAUCCCCCUUUGCAUCCAGGCCCACAUAAUAUGCAGUCUCAUAACUCUACACAUUUGCCAGCAGCUUCGUCUCAAUUUUCCAGUCAAGCAUCUGUAGGUUUGGCAGCAGGUUCGCCACAAUACUCCAACCAUUCUGACAACUCCAUUUCCAUCCAGAGAUACUAUUCGCAAUUUUCGAAAGAUAUUCUGUCACCAACUUCCACAGACGAUAACGCAAUUAACGAUUUUUAA